GUUUUUGUGCAAAUUGUAAUUCGUCUUAAAAAGCAUUAUUUAGAUACGAUCGAAAUAAAUCUCCACGUGUUAUGGACGACAAUGCAACUGAUUUCACUAAAAACGAUAAUUUUGAAAGUUGGACAUCUAGCAGAGAUAUAAGCUCUACAUCGGACUUCGUGAUGCCGGUGGAAGAGACCAUCGGGCAGAAGAGACCUUACCCUGGUCUGCGGUAUGGCGCCCCUCCUGCUAAACGCGCGCCCACCAUACGCCUCGGGGCUGGCUUCAAAUGGAACCUGCAGGCACUCGCCCAAGCAGCCAACGCGGUGGAAACCGGCGGCAAGUCACCAGUGUCAGCCCUGAACGAGCUAGGGGUCAAGGUCACGUACAGUGUGCUGCGACAGGGUGGCCCUGCGCAUUGUCCAAGCUUCACUGUGGCUGUUACGGUGGCGGACAUGACAUUCGAAGGCUGGGGCCACAGCAAGCGCGAGGCGCGCGCGGCGGCGGCGCGCGCCGGCCUCGCCGCGCUGCUGGCGCGCGCCGGCCGCGUGCUGCCCCGGCCCGAGCCCGGCGACUUCGCCAGCGACGACACGAGACACCCACCGUCAGAUUUCCAGUGCUUGGAGGCGCAGGCAAAGCAGGUCGAAGUUGAGGUCAAAAACAUGGCCUACCGUGAAACACGACAAUCGAAAGUUCGGUUCCUGCCUCUCUCCGCGCUGUUCGGCGCCUCCGCGGCCGCCGCGGCGCACAAGAGCCCCAUCAACUCCCUCUACGAGACCUGCCCCGGCCUGACCUUCCACUGCACCUUCGGAGACGGCUCCUCACUAGACCAGCCCAACGCUCCUCUUCAACUCAGCCACAGCAUGCGUUUCAAGGUCGUCUGCCAGAUCAAGGACCAGACCUUUGAAGGAUAUGGUUCAAGCAAGAAGUUGGCGAAGCUAGCGGCCGCUAGAGCCGCGCUAGCGGUCUUAGAUGAGGGCAAAGCCCCCGUGGCCGCCGACGAGCCGGGCUGCCUGCCGCAACCUCGAGCGGAUACCAUUGGAAAGUUGGUGAACGAGAAAUUCCACGAGAUCAUGAAGGGCGACCUGGUGCACUCCAAGAGAAAAGUCCUAGCCGGCAUCGUGAUGACCAUCGACAAUAGACCCAACGACUCCAAGGUGAUAGCAGUGACCACAGGUACCAAGUGUGUGUCCGGAGAACACAUGUCGGUGCGAGGACGCGCCAUGAACGAUUGCCAUGCCGAGGUGGCAGCGCGACGUUGCUUACAGCGACAUCUGUACGCGCAACUCCUCAUGUACGCGGAGGCCAAAGAUCCGACAGUCCCUAUACCGGAUUCGGACCUAGAACCGGUCCCGGGCGGCGGCUACCAGCUAAAACCGGACCGGCAGCUACACCUGUACGUGAGCACGGCGCCGUGCGGCGACGGACGCAUCUUCAGCCCGCACGAGCAGCCGGACCCGACGCCGGACCGGCAUCCGAACAGAUUGGCGCGCGGUCAACUGAGGACCAAGAUCGAGUCGGGGGAAGGCACUAUACCAGUCAAGAACUGCAGCAACGUGAUACAGACCUGGGAUGGAGUUAUGCAGGGCGAGCGUCUCCUGACAAUGUCGUGUUCGGACAAAGUUUGCCGCUGGUGCGUCGUCGGCAUGCAGGGGGCGCUACUGUCGCGCCUCCUCCGACCUGUCUAUCUGCGGUCCCUGGUCCUAGGGUCCCUCCUACACCCACAUCAUAUGUAUCGCGCCAUCUGUGGCCGCAUAGAAACACAUCUGCAAUCGCUGCCGCCUCCCUUCCGCCUGCAGCGCCCCCUGCUGGCGCGAGCGGCCAGCACCGAAGCCAGGACUCCUGCGCGAGCGCCCUCUUUCAGCGUGUGCUGGUGUUCGACAUCUCCACUCCCCGAGGUAGUGAACGCAACGACGGGUAAACUUGAGAGCGGGCAGCCAUCACUUCUGUGCAAGCAGAGCAUGUUCGCGCGCUGGCAGUAUCUUGUCAAACGGCUACCUUUGCUGCCUCAGGAUCCCAACGGCACGGACCCCACGCCGCUGCCGCCAGAUGUUGACCAGCUGUUGUAUAACGAGGCCAAGCAACUGUGUCCCGCUUACCAGGUGGCAAAGGAGCGUCUAAUCGAAGCCUUCGACAAGGCCAAGCUCGGCCGCUGGAUCAAGAAGCCGAUAGAACAGGACCAGUUCGUCUGCGAGAUACGCGACGCCGCGCCGGACGCCCUGUUCGCCUAGACCGGCGCUUCCCAAGGUAGCGCCGUGCAGCCGAGGGGGGGUCAGCUGACAGGUAAAACGGGAGAUGGAAACAGUCAAGGUAGUGAAUUAAAUGAGGCAGGUAGGGACGAAUACGGUUUAGGUAGUGACAAAAACGGUGUAGGUAGAAGUAGAAAUUAUGCAGGUAGCGAUAAAAAUGAUGUUGGUAGGGGUGGAAAUAAUGGAGAAAUGAAAAACGACCAAGGUAUUGAU